UAAGCAAUGCAAUAGUUUCACACAACUACACACACAAAAAAAACGCUACAAUCAGCACCCCUACCCCAAACAGGCUUCGCAGCUCUCACGCAACAGGAAAAAUGAAGGUUAUCAAAUGCAAGGCUGCUGUCGCUUGGGAGCCAGGGAAGCCCCUGUCAAUUGAGGAGGUGGAGGUGGCACCACCACAGGCUCAUGAAGUUCGCAUUCAGAUUGUCGCUACUGGAUUGUGUCACACUGACCUCUACUUCCUAUAUGAAGCUGGUGAAACAAAGCUAUUCCCUGCAAUCCUGGGACAUGAAGGAGCUGGGAUUGUAGAGAGUGUUGGACCAGGAGUGACCAAAUUCAAACCAGGAGACAAAGUUAUCCCUCUGUUUGUCCCCCAGUGUGGGGAAUGCAAGUUCUGUCUGAGUCCUAAAACCAACGUCUGCGAUAAAAACUGGAUUAGCCAGGGUGAAGGUUUAAUGCCUGAUAAGACGUCCAGGUUUACCUGCAAGGGGAAGCCCAUCUACCACUUCAUGGGGACCAGCACUUUCUCUGAGUACACUGUAGUGGCUGAUAUCUCUGUGACCAAGAUUAAUGACUCUGCCCCUCUUGAUAAAGUCUGCCUGCUUGGCUGUGGCAUUUCCACUGGGUAUGGAGCUGCACUCAAUACCGCCAAGGUUGAACCCGGCUCUUCCUGCGCUGUGUUUGGCCUGGGAGCCGUGGGUCUUGCUACUGUGAUGGGCUGUAAGGCAGCGGGAGCCUCUCGGAUCAUUGCGGUCGAUACCAAUAAAGACAAGUUCAUUAAAGCAGAAGAAUUCGGCGCAACUGAGUUUGUCAACCCCAAUGAUUACAGCAAGCCCAUCCAGGAAGUACUCAUUGAGUUGACUAAAGGAGGUGUGGACUACUCCUUUGAGUGUGUGGGCAGUGUUACUGUGAUGAGAGCUGCCCUUGAGGCAUGUCAGAGAGGCUGGGGAACCAGUGUUGUUGUUGGCUAUACAAACGUGGCGGACAUGUCGACGCGACCGCUACAACUAGUAUAUGGACGAACAUGGAAGGGAACAUAUUUUGGAGGAUGGAAGAGUGUGGAGAGCGUACCUACGCUGGUGAAUGAUUACAUGGCAAAGAAAAUUAAGCUGGAUGAGUUCAUUACCCACACUCUGCCCUUGGACCGUGUUAACGAGGCAUUUGACCUGAUGACCUCUGGGAAAAGCAUUCGAACAGUCCUGAAAAUGUAGGAAAGAGAACUCUUCAAGCAACCUUCUUUGAUCAAGUCAUUUUUGAUUCUUUGGCAUGUUGAUCUCCUAUCUGAAAUGGGUGUUUAUUUUCCCUAGAUCAUUAUAUAUAGUUUAUAUGUGAUCAAUACACAAAUUAGAAUAAAUUCUCCAAAGGAUGCAAUGGGCAACAGUAGCAAAAAGUACCUACUCCAGUCCAAGUACCUCUUCUAUUUUGAAUGGAGAAAACCUAAUAUUGGAACCCAAUAGCAAUGUUUUGGGGUCUCCCAAGCUCUUGUGGUGGUUCUCUGUUUUGAAACGUUGCCAUUGAUUUGUCUCCUUUCGUAAAGUAUGAAAUAAAAUACUGGAGCAAA